GCGCGGCCUCUCGCGAGGCUGGCGUCCCUCCCUCGGCCGCUCUCUCCCCUCCCCUCCUCCCCUCCCCUCCCCUCCCCCGGCUCAUCCCCACGUCAUCGGGAGACCAGACGGGGACAAGAUGGCGGAGCGGAGGAGGCACAGGAAGCGGAUCCAGGAGGUCGGGGAGCCGUUCAAAGAAGAGAAGGCUGUUGCUAAAUAUCUGCGUUUCAACUGUCCGACCAAAUCCACGAACAUGAUGGGCCACAGAGUUGACUAUUUCAUUGCAUCGAAAGCUGUGGACUGUCUUUUGGAUUCUAAGUGGGCAAAAGCCAAGAAAGGAGAAGAGGCCCUGUUUACAACUCGGGAGUCGGUAGUUGACUAUUGUAACAGGCUUCUAAAGAAACAGUUUUUCCAUCGAGUACUGAAAGUGAUGAAAAUGAAGCCAGACAAGGAUGUAAAGAAAGAAAAAGAAAAGGAGAAAGGGAAGACUGAAAGCGGGAAAGAGGAUGAAAAAAAGAGCAAAAAGGAGAGCGGGAAAGAAGAAAAGUCUAAGAAGGAAAAAGAGAAGGAAAAGAAAAAAGAGGGAGAGAAGGAGGAGGGAAAGAAGGACGAGAGCCCUGGCACCCCCAAGAAGAAGGAAACAAAGAGAAAAUUCAAACUAGAACCUCACGAAGAUCAAGUUUUCCUGGAUGGAAAUGAGGUAUACGUGUGGAUCUAUGACCCCGUUCAUUUCAAAACAUUUGCCAUGGGACUUAUACUUGUGAUUGCUGUCAUAGCUGCAACUCUCUUUCCACUCUGGCCUGCAGAGAUGCGAGUAGGUGUCUAUUACCUGAGUGUCGGCGCAGGCUGUUUUGUGGCCAGCAUUCUCUUACUGGCUGUUGCUCGCUGCAUCCUCUUCCUUCUCAUCUGGCUGAUCACGGGUGGAAGGCAUCACUUCUGGUUCUUGCCGAAUCUGACGGCGGACGUUGGCUUCAUUGACUCCUUCAGGCCCCUGUACACCCACGAAUACAAAGGACCAAAGACUGACUCCAAGAAAGAGGAGAAACCAGAGUCCAAAAAGCAGCCAAAAUCCGACAGCGACGAGAAAUCGGAUAGUGAGAAGAAGGAAGACGAGGACGGGAAAGUGGAUCUGCUGGCGAGCUUUGGGUCAGAAGGUCCUGGCGGAGAGCGGCACUCGGACACAGACAGUGACAGGCGGGAGGACGACCGAUCCCAGCACAGUAAUGGUAAUGGCAACGAUUUUGAAAUGAUUACAAAAGAGGAACUUGACCAGCAGACGGACGAAGGGGAUUGUGAAGAAGACGAUGAAGAGGAGGAGGAGGAGGAGGAGGAGGAGGAAGAAGAACAUGGGCCUUUACAUGAACAAUCAUAAUUUAACUGUAGCAUGGACUGAAUAUUGUGCAAGCAGUUGGGUUUUCUAUGUUGGCUGGUACACCAUCUGAUAGCAUUCUCUCCUCUCUUUAUUUGCUGACGUACGCAGCUUAGCAAAACAGCUUUAGACUGUAGUUCCAUGUUUGUUUUACAAAUGAAAGAGGACCCCUUAACAGGGUGUAGUUUUAAGUAAUAUACUUUUAUAAAAGCUAUCCGUUUCCUGUUUGUCGAUGUGUAGAUGUUCUAAUCUCCCUAGGUUAGGCAUCAAACACGUGAAGGAACAGAAUAAUAGUUGGGGAAAUUGCGUCUUGCUUUCUGGAGCUAAAGGCCAUUCCCCCCCCCCGAGCAGUAAUUUAAAAGAGUAGUUGUUGAAUGACAAAAUUAUUCCUGGCAGGUCAAUCGAUCGAUGCAUUCAGCAAAGCACUUUUCAUCUCUCUCUGUUGAACGUAAUCUUCAUAAAACUGGUAAGACUUUUUUUAAAGAACUAUUUUUGUUCUGUUUUGUCUUUUCUGAAGACAUAACAAGGUUAACACUGACUUGGCUGUUUGGGACGAAGCUUCCUUUUUCCUUUUUAACAGUGUGCAACCAACUUAGGAAAUCCAGACUGUCCUGUCCAUCAGGUUCAGAGCAAAGAACCCAUUUGCAUCAGGGGAAAGUAAAAUAACAGCAUCAUUUUGGAGGUUACGGCUGUUGUCUCGACCUGCCCCAUCAUAAUCCAAGAAGUGUAUUCUGUACAUAACAUACAAAUAAAGCAAACCCCUUAUUUUACCCAUUCCUUAUCAUUUGGAGGUUUUAUCAUAUUUUUCAAUUUGUAUAAUAAGAAGCCAUUUCAGGACAUGCAUGUGUGAGCGUCUUAGGGACAGGCAGAUUGUGAAGAUCCAACAGAAUCAGUGCGACGGGCAGGCCUGUCUGCCGCGGCUUUCGCUCUGUGCCAACAACAUUCCACGUAUUCAAAUCCAAGUAAACUGAUUCCGAUUGAACAAAAGUAAGAUCGCAUAGAUCAGCGUAUGCCUUAAUGUCGACCUUUGAUUUUUUUUUCCUUUCUGUCUUCAGAAAGCGGAGUACUGUAUUUGACAAGUAGACACUGCCAUGAGCGAGUAUUCACCUCUAUGGCUUAACAAAAACAAAGAUUUUUUUUUCCUACUUUAGAAGCAGCAGCUGUGCUUAUCCAAAAUACGGCCGAGGCCAAAACGACAUCUCGAAUCUUGGAAAAAGUUCGAUCCCUUUCUCUCUGGCGUGUUCUUUCUUUGACUGACUCGGGAGACCAUUGUGUGUUUAGUUCUAUAAACAUUUUAAAAGUUGAAGACUUUAUACCAUUCCUCUGCAUCAUUAAAUUUCAGCCUGCAACUGAAAUGACAAAAUACCAAUUCAGUUCUUUCUUAGCAAAGCGACUGUGAGGAAAUAAUUUCUGGUUAUUUGCUUGUGUUUUCAAUAGUUGACAUAACAGAUCUCUCCCCUCUCCACCACCCUCCCCCCCCACCCCCGUUCCCCAAAGUGCUUUUGCCAUCAUCAGUGUUUUGACUGAAGAUGUUAAUUUUUUUUCCAGUUGUGCAGAUAUUUACAUUUUGUGUGUGCAUUGAUAAAAACCAUUCACAAA